AUGAGUCGCAACGAUUAUUAUCCGGGCCAUAUUGUGGUUCAAGGCGACGCUAAUGGUAACUCCACCGUGACAGUUAUGGAAUCUAAUAGUCAAAGUCAUCAAAGACAAGAUGAAGACGCUAGUUAUAUACCGAAUGAACAGGACCAACAACAGUUGCAUAGUCUUCAACAGUCUUCAGCCCCCCACCUGGAACGAGUCAAAACUGAGCACAGACCCAUGUUCGAUAGUGACAGGCCAGCGGCUAACAGUUCUGGUCCUAUCCGUGCCGAUUAUACUUCAUCAACGGCCACGAUCCCUGAUGAACCAACACCGCAUUACGGUAAUCAAACCAGCCCUCAGGUUUCUCUUACUAGGACACCAUUGACUGCUAGCCAGUCUGCUAGUCAAUUUCUUCAAUCCCCCAGAAACAUUUCUCAUAUUGGCGAAGCAGUUACACCCAAUCAAAACCAACAAUCCCUCAGCGCCAGUCCACAACUUGACUCUAAUGCACGAGCCAAGGUUUCUGAUGAGAUAUAUACCGCUACUUAUUCUGGGGUCCAUGUAUUUGAAAUGAUUGUCAAAGGUGUCGCUGUUAUGAGAAGACGUCAUGAUUCUUCGUUAAAUGCAACCCAAAUCUUAAAAGUGGCAGGUGUUGAGAAAUCUAAGCGUACCAAAGUGCUCGAAAAAGAGAUUCUCACCGGUGUUCAUGAAAAGGUACAAGGUGGUUAUGGUAAAUAUCAAGGUACUUGGAUUCCUUUUGAACGAGCUGUUGAUUUGUGCAAGCAGUAUUCGGUUUAUGACGUACUAGAACCUCUUCUUAAGUUUGAUUCUACUAAUACUGGUAUGGAGAACACUCCUACCAAAGAACAAGCCAUGGCUGCCAAGCGUAAGCGUACGGAAAAUAUUCAUCAGCACCAUUUACAAAUGAGGAGUAAUUACCACCCAAUGCAAUAUCCACCAUCAAUCAGUUUCUCCCAGCCUCUCCAGGCGACUGGGACUGGAGGAAGCUUACCAACCCCUCUCUCUGUUAGUGCUUCUGCUGCCCUGUCGUCUCUAGGGAAUACAGUCAGCGGCACAGACAUUUCUACGGUAUAUGAAGAUGUGGAACAAAAAGACAGUAAAAGGCUAAAAUAUCCUGAAAACUAUGCUAGUGUAAGUGCUGCUAGUUCUAGCUCUAGUGUUGGACCAAAUAGCAAUGCCGUUAUGACAGCGACUCCUCCAACUACCGUUGAGAACGGACGAGCUUCAAGUCCAGCCCUCGAUAUACUUGAUGACGAAGGAGUUCCAGAUACCGUAAUUCCCAUGAGCCCCAUUCCAAGUAACGAGGAAAAUUUUGAUCAGUCCAGAGAACAUGUGACGCAGAUUUUCAUGGACAACGAGCAUGAUAAUCUCACUGAGAUAUUGGGUGGAUCGGACCUUCAUUCUGUUAAUUUCGAUGUUCCUAUAGACGAAUACGGUCACACAGCUCUACAUUGGGCUGCUGCAUUGGCAAGAAUCCCUUUGAUAAAAGAGUUGGUAAGAUAUGGUGCAAGCCCUCGCAGAGGUAAUUACCAAGGUGAGAGUCCUCUUGUAAAAGCAGUAUCAGUGACGAAUAACUCGGAUUAUUCUCGAUUCACCCAACUUCUCGAUGUUAUUUAUCCUGCCAUUCCACUAGUGGACAAACAAUCACGAACUGUUUUGCAUCAUAUAGCUAUUACUGCAGGAAUCAAGGGGCGAAGUGAUUCCAGCAGGUACUAUCUUGAGUCAUUGUUGGAAUGGAUUGUAAAGCGUGGGUCACGAAGUAAAAAGGGACGAUUUAGCAUCGGACGUUUCAUGAGUGAAAUUGUAAAUGCACAGGAUCAAAACGGUGAUACCGCUCUGAAUAUUGCUGCUAGAAUUGGGAACAAGAGCAUCGCCCAGCUUCUCUUGGAUGUCGGGGCUGAUGCAACCCUCCCUAACCGCGCUGGUCUUCGACCUGUUGACUUUGGCAUCAAGGUAAUUGAAAAUGCAGGAGCUUUGGAUAACAAUCUCAACGAUGAUGACGCUCCAUCUACCUCUUCUGUAAUGGCCGCUGCCAAUAAAAACAGCAAUCAUCCAGCUAACCAGACUAGUCAACACAAGCAAGAAAAACGGCAAAAAGUUGUGUCCAAUAUGGUUCAGUCGCUAGAGUCUCUGGAAAAGGAAUUUGAACAAGAGCUAAAGGUCAAGGAGGAAUUAAUAAACAGCAUGAGACGAGAACUACGGGAAUCAAACAUAAAUUUAACCUCGCGCAAAGAACGAUUAAACAGAUUGAAAUCUCUUUCCAAUCAACUGACGCAGUGGCAAAGAAGCAGCCAAAGCCUUGAACGAGCCAUCGCAGAGGAGGAUCGCAAGUUUAAGGAACAGACUGGUGACAAUACUCCAAUUGAACUGGAAGGUAAUAAUUUUGACGCAGAUCAACCUUUCAGAGUUUGGUUAAAUUCUGAUGAAAUUGUUAACGGAAGAAUGCCACCGGCUUUACUGAAAGCAAGAAUUGCCGCCUACCAGCAGAAUCAACGUGAGCUUGAAAAACUGGCCAGUGAUCUGAAAGGAAGAUCUACAGAACUGGAACACAAGUUUAGAAAGGUAGUGGCGAAGUGUACAGGUGUUGAUGAGGACCAAGUCGACUCCUUGCUUCCCGGUCUUGUUCAAGCAGUUGAGAGUGAUCCGCCAGAAGUUGACAUGUCUCGUGUUACUGGCUUUCUACGGAAAGUAGAUGAAACAAUGAUGGCCUAA